CUUGCAUCUCCCCUCGUAGUCGAACACUUUGGAGAGGAAAAAAAACUUUUUUAUAAAUAAAACGAAAACCAGUUCACGACCAGUCUCAUUUGUAAAUUUUGUGAGAAAGGUAGCAACUGCCUUUACUUGCAAAAAUUUAUCAGUUUCAGUCUUCCUCUUCUGUUGUGUUCCACAAAAAAAAAAUCAUUUUUUUUUUUUCGAAAACAAAAAAAAACCUUUUGAAGAAAUGAGGCCAUCACCGAUAUUUUUGGUGGCUGCGAUUAGUUAUAUCACUGUUAUUGGUGCGUGCACGGCAGCUGAGGAAUUCACAAAAAAUCAAAUAGUACCCGAUGAUGUAAUUGACAAAGUGCCUUUAAACAAAUUAGAGGUCACGUAUCCAGAUGGCGUUUCGGUAAAUUUGGGAAAUGUCUUGACGCCGACGGAAGUUAAGGAUGAGCCAACGUUGCAAUUUAAUGCGGACCCGAAUGGAUAUUAUACGUUGAUUAUGACGGAUCCGGAUGCGCCGAGCAGGAAAAAUCCCAAAUUUAGAGAAUGGCACCACUGGCUCGUCGGCAACAUUCCCGGCAACAAAGUCGAAGAAGGAGAUGUUCUUGCUCAAUAUAUCGGCGCUGGACCUCCCAAAGGCACCGGAUUACAUCGUUACGUCUUCCUCAUUUUCAAGCAGAAGGGAAAGAUCGACUUUGAUGAGACUCACUUAACAAACAGUAACGGUGACGGUCGUGGUCGCUUCAACACAAAAGCCUUCGUCGCGAAAUACAAUCUCGAUGGCCCGAGUCACGGCAACUUUUUCCAAGCGGAAUACGAUGAUUAUGUGCCCAUCCUCUAUCAGAAAUUAGGUGUCUGAAUCUUCACACAAAAGCGUGCAUAAUUUUUUUUUAUUAACAAAGUCAAUUGUGUUGUGAGACGCAUUCGUUUCAUUAAAAAUUCAGCAAAAAAAUUUCGUCUCGUCUUUCUUUUCGCGAGAUCAUCGACAUACUUUUGAUGAAGCUCAAAAAGAAAUAAAUAAA